GGAAGCAGAAGCUUGUCGACUCUUUCAGCAGAUUAUUUCAGCAGUUGAUUAUUGUCACAGACACAUGGUGGUUCAUCGUGAUUUGAAGCCAGAGAAUGUUCUCCUUGAUGCACAAAUGAAUGCCAAGAUAGCUGACUUUGGCCUCUCUAACAUGAUGGCUGAUGGGGAGUUUUUACGCACCAGCUGUGGCUCACCAAAUUAUGCUGCUCCAGAGGUUAUUUCAGGCAGGUUGUAUGCAGGCCCAGAGGUGGAUUUUUGGAGUUGCGGUGUGAUUCUUUACGCCUUGCUGUGUGGGACGCUGCCUUUUGAUGAUGAGCAUGUGCCAACACUUUUCAAAAAGAUCCGUGGUGGUGUAUUUUAUAUUCCUGAGUAUCUGAACCGCUCAGUUGCUAAUCUUCUCAUGCAUAUGCUACAGGUUGACCCGCUGAAAAGGGCAACCAUUAAAGACAUCAGGGAACACGAAUGGUUUAAACAAGAUUUGCCAACUUAUCUAUUUCCAGAGGAUCCUGCAUAUGAUUCCAAUGUCAUAGAUGAAGAUGCAGUGAAGGAAGUUUGUGAGAAGUUUGAAUCUACUGAGUCUGAAGUUAUGAACAGUCUAUAUAGUGGUGACCCACAAGACCAGCUGGCUGUGGCUUACCACCUUAUUAUUGACAAUCGGAGAAUUAUGAAUCAAGCUAGUGAGUUUUACCUGGCAUCAAGCCCCCCCACAGGUUCAUUCAUGGAUGAUAAUGGGUUACAUAUCCCACCUGGUGUCAAAGCCCAUCCUGAGCGCAUGCCCCCUUUGAUGGCAGACAGCCCAAAGGCACGCUGUCCACUUGAUGCACUCAACACUACUAAACCCAAACCAAUGGCAUUGAAGAAAGCAAAAUGGCACCUUGGAAUUCGCAGUCAGAGUAAACCAUAUGAUAUUAUGGCAGAAGUCUACAGAGCCAUGCGACAGCUGGAUUAUGAAUGGAAGGUGGUGAAUCCCUACCAUCUGCGUGUGCGUAGAAAGAAUCCAGUGACAGGGAACAAUGUGAAAAUGAGUUUACAGCUGUAUCAAGUUGACAAUCGCAGCUACCUGCUAGAUUUCAUGAGCAUUGAUGACGAUAUUAUGGAACAAAAAUCAGGCUCUUCCACUCCCAAACGUUCAGGAUCAGCAGCUUUGCUGCACAGGCCAAGACUGAGUUCCGAUGCCGUAGCUACUGAUGGCCAGCCUCUGACUCUCGUUGGAUCACUCCCCACUUCUCUGACCGGAUGUUUGAGUUCAAUAAGUCCCCGAAAUGGGAGCCACACAAUGGAUUUCUUUGAGAUGUGUGCUAGCCUUAUUACUACGCUGGCUCGUUGACAUAAUACAAUCAGCUUCCUGAUAAUUUAUUGAGCGUAAGCUCUUUAACCCUUAAAAAAAAUUGCAAGAAAACAACCUCUCCACUUAGUGUGUGUGUCUUGUACUUUGGCACUGGUUAUAGACCAUGCCAGUUUGCAGUUGGUGCUUGUGUUUCUUUGGUAUUGUGGCGGCUGAAAGGUAACGUUUGCGCAUUACCAUUUGGAAACUCUGCAGUAAUAUUGUGGACCUUUAUUAUUGCACCUGUUUUGCAAGCCAAAUUCAUGGUAUUAUACGGGUUUAGAAAUACAUCUGGAAAGUUGUAGAAAAACAACUUUCAUUUUAAAGCAGUGACGUGCUACAAAUUGUUAAAUUAUGAGAAAUUUAAAGCAUGUUUUAAAGACUUGGCAUAUGAUGUUUUAGAGAAAUGGUUGACUGCAGCAGUUCAUUCUUUGAGGCUGUGAGUAGAUGGAAAUGCUUAUUUCUCUUCAGGUUAGUUGUGGCUAGAAAGCUAUAACGUUAAAACUCUAAUUUUAUAAAUAAUUGAGGUAAAUUACAUUGAAAUGAAAAUUGAAAUGGCUCAUUUGAAAUCCUCAAGUUACAUUAUAUGCAGUUGUUCAGCAUUAUUUUACUGCUGAUUUGUUUUAUUGAUGGCAGAAUUACAUUUACUUGUGUAGAAUUGUUAAGUAUAACCAAAAAGGUCCUGUGCACAAACAAAAUUAGCUUGAAUUCUUUGAAACACUCCCUUAUAAAUAUUUCCCAGCUAGCAUGAAUACUCCUGCACACUGUAUCUUUCACUUGACUUUUUAAAGUUGACAGUAUACUCAGCUAGAUUUGGUUAAACGUGGACUGAAUGUUGAAUUUUAUUUAAAUAUACACACUAUACCUUUACAGGACAACUGGGAUGACAAAUACUGUCUCAAAAAUAGUUGAUAUUUAUAGCAUUUAAUAAAGAUCCCAAAUUGAGGUUCUUUGAUUGACAAUGCCAUUCAUUUUGUCUUGUCACUUUAUUUACCAUAAAUUUCUGUUUCUCACUGUCAGGUUUUCUGCUUUAUAAAGUCUGCCAACUUAACUAUAAAUGUUUGAAAAUAAAUCAAGUAAAUUUAAGAUUAUAUUUUAAUUUUCUUUUGCAAAAUGGAGAAGCAUUUUGAAUUAAUACUUCACCUAACUUUCCUUGCCUUACAUGGAAUUUAUUUUGAUUUGGUUGUCUGAUAUGUUGUAUUUUCAGUUUCAACCUCCCAACAUUCACCGUUUUGUGGUAUUCCUGACCGUUACCAUCUUUCUAUUACCAAGCAUGUAGUUGCCUUUCAGGCUUAAUAACACCAUCUAAUCAGUAGUCAUAAGUGCUUAUGAUUUUAAUUAACUGAAAAGAAAAGUAUGUUGAUUAUAAUUCCCUGUAACUUUUUGAUUUUUGAAGGUAGAUCUGGCAAUGAGUUUAAUCUAGUAAAUAUGAUAUGAAGAUAUUGUAUGCUUUAAAAGCAUAUACAAUUAAUCUAAAUGUCAAAAUCUACAGACUUUCUAGCGUAUUGCCACUAAAUUGGUACUUAGGCCAAAUCUCCAGAUGUGCCGUAUCCCAAGCUCCAUCCUUCUCUUUUAUUUUGGGGUUAUGGUGCUGAGGUGGUUGGGUGGGUGGAGAGAAGUGGUCAUCUGGAAUCUGUCAUGACUUCCCAUGUUAGGUAGAACAGCCUUUUGAAUGAACUUCCAGGCAAGAGGUUUUCUUGGCCUCAACCUAGCUUCUACCAGCUAAGAGAAAGAAGACCUAUAAGCAUCCAGAGUAGAGUCCAUGAGUGUCCCCUUCCUGGUAACUUAUAGAAUAUGAUGACUUGCAAGAAAAACCUCCAAACAGUUUCAAAUCAUGCUUUGGAGCAAAAACAAGAGUGUACACCUAAUUUGUUUUCUGCAUUUCUUAAAAAAUUUAAUGAAGUUUAAAUAAACCCUCAUAAUAACCUGCAGACUUGAGCCAAAAUGAUGCAUCUGUACUGUAGGUCUGCUUUAUGGAGUUGAAGUCCAAAUAUUUGCAUUUAAAUAUUUGCAAAACCUGAGGUUUUGUAAUUUUUAUUACACGUUUUUUCCAAGAUUGUUUCUAUUCCCAAAUUCUAAACAGUCAUAUAG